AUGUCGACGCACUUCUCUCCCCCGUCGUCAUUCAGCAUCCCAACAGAGCGCUUGCACAUCUCAUAUAUCCAACCCGAGAACCCCGACCACCAUGCCUUUAUUGUGCAUCUCUGGAAUACAGAGCAAUUCAUACAGACCUGUGGUAAUACAGGCAUUGACACUCCCGAAAAGGCAAAGGAAUUCUGCAAGAAUCGCGUGCAAGCAGACUACAACCGGAACAAACACGGCCAGUUCCUCGUCUCACUCAAGCCACACCCGGAUGCAUCACUUGCAGAGAGCAAGCUGAUAGGAAUGGUGUCUUUGAUGAAAGGCGAGCCUCCAAAUGCAUACACUUGCCCGGAUAUCGGCUAUACUAUGCUGCCUGAAGAAAAUGGCAAAGGAUAUGCGACCGAGGCUGCGCUUGGAUUAUUGGACUAUGCACGUCGCGAGCUGAAUGUCACUGGUGUCUUUGGUUUUUGCUCAAAAGAUAAUCCGGCAAGUCGUCGCGUAUUGGAGAAGCUUGGUCUUGAAUUUAGAGGAUUAAGAAAACUGCGAAUCUUUGGAGGCUCGCUCGACGCUGUUUAUGCUACGCCCGAGAUGAGUUCAGAUUUAACAGUAUACGGAAUUGAUGAUUGA